AUGCUGGUGUUCAUCCGUGUGUCUGAUGUUGAGAUGAAGUCUGUAAUAAAGGGAGAUUCUGUCACUCUACAGACUGAUCUUACUGGAAUACAGACGGAUGAUGAGCUGCAGUGGAGUUAUUUUACACCAGAAGAAACUCAUAUAGCAGGAGUCACUAUAGGGGCUGGAGACAAGUACACUAGAGUAUUCAAUGCUUCUGAUGGGAGAUUCAGAGACAGACUGAAUGUGAUCAGUAAAACUGGAAAUCUCAUCAUCCGUGACGUCACAACUGAACAUUCUGGACUUUAUAAAGUAGAGAUCAACAGAUCACAGACCAAACCAAAGAUGUUCAGAGUUACUGUUAGUGGUGUGUUUGAUUUUCAGACAGAUGGAGUGAAGACAGUGUCCGGGACUGAGGGAGAUUCUGUCACUCUACACACUGGUCUUACUGAAGUAGUGGGACGUGAUGUGAUUCUGUGGACAACCCUUGGAAAUAACAUUGCGAGAUUCAAUAGAGCAGCCGAAAGCAUUUCCACAUUAGAUGGACCUGAUGGGAUAUUCAAAAACAGACUGCAUGUGACAUUUCUCACUGGAGAUCUCACCAUCAGUGACCUCACAACUAAACACUCUGGACUUUAUGAAGUUAAGAUCACGCAGGGAAGUAAGGUCUCAUACAAGAGAUAUAAAGUUGAAGUCCACGCUCGUCUGCCCGUUCCUGUCAUCACUUCGGACUCUUCACUGAAUUCUUCAUCAUCUGAAAGUUCAUCUAAAUGUGUGUUGGUGUGUUCAGUGGUGAAUGUGACACAGGUGACUCUCUCCUGGUACAAAGGAAACAGUUUAUUGUCCUCCAUCAGUGUGUCUGAUCUCAACAGAAGUCUCUCUCUACAUCUGGAGUGUGUCGAUGAUUCUUACAGCUGUGUGAUCAACAAUCCCAUCAGAAACCAGACUAAACAUCUCAACAUUACUGAAGUCUAUCAGCCGUGUUCAGGAGUUUCAGGAUUAUUUGUUACUGUUGGUGUUUUGUUGCCUCUGGCUGCAGCUGUAACUGCUGGUGUGAUUUACUGAAACCGCAGGAUCUCUGAAAUAAAGGUGCAGGUGAGGAGACACAAGUCUGAGUGGAGAUCGAUAAACCGCAACAGUAUUUAAUCAAUGUUACAAGAGCUUUGUUUGAAACUAACACUUUAACACUAUUGCGCUGAGACACUUAACAAGACUGAUUCAUUUAUUGAUUUAAGUUGCAAGCUGCAAUUGAACAAUAUGUUAGCAUAUAUGCAAUAACUUGUAUUUAGCUGGUAAUAAUUACUGAUUGUUGAUCAGUUAUGUAGCAUGUUAACUACUAAUACACUGCUUAAAAGUGUCCAAAAUCAUUCACUCAUUCAUGAAAUAAUAUAUGAAUACAUAA